AGCCGAAAAAUGGCGGACGAAAAGGGGUACCUAGCCGUGUCCGGGGAGCGCAUCACGUUGCAGCGCCGCCACCACAGCGCCUCUUGCCGGGAGUUCCAGGUGCGCUGCCCGCGGCUGCAGCUGCGGUCGCUCAGCGCCGUGACGUGCUCCGUGUGGCUGGCGGCUUAUGGGCUCUUCGUCGUCAGCCAGAAUAGUAUGGUGCUCUCUGCUGCUAUAUUUAUCACACUGAUUGGCCUACUUGUCUACCUUCACUUUGUGAAAAUUGACCAGGAAUCCCUGCUGAUUGUUGGCUCACUUGGAAUACAGAUGACUUCAUCCUACGCAUCUGGCAAAGAGACUACAACCUUUAUAGAGAUGAACCAAGUAAAAGAUGUGGUCAUCAAUGAAGCCAUUUCUAUGCAAAAGGUUAUCUAUUACCUGUGCAUCCUUCUUCAAGACCCCGUGGAACCUCAUGUUGUUUCUGAGGUAGUGCCACUGUUUCAGCACUAUGUACAAAAUCCAGAGCACUGUUUUUUACGUGAUCUCAUUAGCAGCCUGGUGUCCAGGAACGCUGGAGUUCCAAGCCACGUUUAGAUUGCCUUGUAGAAGUGUACAAAAGCUGCCAAGAAAUCCUGGAGCAGAGGAAGAAAUCUUGACAUCAGCUUUUAAUGUGCGUUUUUUAUCAAUGUAGAUAAUUUGAUAUGCUGAGAAUCCCUAAAAGUAUUUGAGAAGGGAUUCAGAGGCAAGUAUGUUAAUGAACUUGGCCAUGUGGAUAACUAGACGGUAGUGGACCCAGGGAACUGAACAUUGCUAAUGCUUUCUUGGGCCAGGAUGGAACGUGCAAGUUUGGAGAAAUGUCAGGGAGAAGAAUUACUAAGCGAGGCCCCACAUCUUCUUUUGUCAACAUGAUGAUGAAAGAAACUCAAUGAUAAUCUUAUUUUCUGUCAAAAAUUAACUCUACUUAAUGACUGGAAAUCUACAAGGAAGGUUCAGCAGAAAUGGGAUGGAAGCAGGGAAACUGCCCCUUAAUAAACGUUCAUGGAAGAAUGGAAUCCAACAGUUCCAUCACGUUUUGUUUUCCAACAGCUGAAUACUUGGAUUAUGGGACCGGUCUGUCAUCAGUGUUAUGUAAUUGGUUUUAUUUUAUAUAAUUGCUUUUAAAUAAAAACUUCAACUAGUUUGUUUUA